CUUUUACUGUGCCUUCGGUGCACCUAACCUAUAAUGCACUCUGGUGAAUGUGAUCUACCUUGUACAUACGCAUAUUCGCAUUUUUUUGCAUUUUAAUUAACAGAUCGAGCAAAUUACACGAAUUAGCAGUUACAUAAAGUGUCGUGAUUAUCUUAAUUUAUGUGCACUUAAAGGUUAAAAAAACAUCGAGACUUGCGCAUCAAAUAAGACGGAGAAUCGCGUAAAAGGAGUCGUCACCGAAGUUACUGCACGAGAAAUAAUUUAUUUACAUUCUCCGAGAAUGUGAUAUUCGACGGUGAGGAUUAUGAAGCUUAUGAAGCGCAGCGUCGCACGCAAAAGCUCCGUCCUGACCGCGCAAGAAAUCCACGUGCACAAAAUCAAAAGAAAUAUAUUGCAAAUCGACAGCCAUGAGAAAAUACUACCAAGCCGCUCUAGCUGUUACGGCAGUAGUGAGCCUGGUAUCCCUGCUCAUCUACAGGCACGAAUACAACAGGUUGAGGUACGUCUUGGAGGUGUUCAAUUACUUCGGCAAGCCCUGGCCAAGGAGAACGGAGAACUGCAGCAAUUUUUAUCGACCGUUCGCCGCGCUCGAUGCCAAGUUCGACGAGCCGAUUCCCUCGUGGCAGCGUCUGGAGGACGAUCUAUACGUGUACUCCGCCUACAGCAUCAACGACAUGGAGGUACGGGCGGUCGGGCUCGGGACCGUGAACGGCGUCGCGAACGUGCAGUGUCUCGUCUUCUUCGAGAACGAGGGUAAACCGAUACUGGGCAGCUUCAGGUUUAUUCCCAUCGGCAGCGCGAUCACCUCCAAGAAAGCGGGCAAGUACAAAGGGUACCAUUUCGUCUGCACGCACACCAGCAAUGAGACGCCCACCGGAGUAACAUUCGUCACGAAGUCGAACAAGUAUCUCAACUACGCGCCGAUCUUUCCUAUAAAAGUACAGCCGCGCAGUGGGAAAAACAGUCAGAAUAGGAUAGGAAUGUGCGUGAUGCAGGAGGCAUCGACGAGGCCGAUGCGGCCGCUGGACAUGGUAGGCUUCAUCAGUUUCCACGCUCUCGGCAGGAUGGACAAUUUUAUCGUCUACGAUUCCGGAAUAUCGAACGAGUUCAACGUCAAGCUGAGGGAGAUGGCCGGCGACUUCACCUCCCCGUGGAGAUUCACGUACACCGUCGUGCCGUGGAACUUCCCGUUCACGGAGCUCGACCCGAGCGUGAUAAGGGAGAUCCUCGAGGUGGACUGCCUGUAUCGUACGCACAACAACGUCGGCUACGCCGUUACCCUCGCAUGGAACGAGUACGUGAUCCUCAAGUACCAUCGCGCGAUGAUCGACCUGUUGGCGGACUUCAAGCGGAGCAAGCUCGCGGCCGACCGCUACAGGCUGAAAACCGCGGUGUUCUGCACGCAGCAAGCCGACGAUCGGCGGCACGGCAAUCUCACGUUAACGGUGCUAAGGAAAACGAAAUCCGACGACGCGAGCGUCGUCGGCGAGUACCCCGUCUACGUACACAAGCCGCACGUAACGCUGCUCAACACCCGCAUGUACACGAGGGAGAUAGGAAGGGACUUGGCUGUCAUGAAUCGAUAUAAAUACUGCGACAACUACAAGGACGGCCAGGGAACGGAGGAUCCAUCGAUUUUGAGAUUUGCUCAAGAUAUUCAAAACUCGUCGAUCCUCAGGAAGUAUCUCGGGCUCUACGAUAUCGAUAUAAAGUGAGAUGAAUUUUCUACACGAGUGAUAUUAGAUCGACUAAUUAUUCGCACGGUUUUUGGACAAGAUUGCUCCAGCCACGUUAAUCUACACGCAUGCAAGUGUUUCGCGAUUCUCUUUGUAUCGUCUUUCAUACUACUAGGUGCCUUAAUCAAUCAAUCAUCACGUCGCGUCAUAGCCAUAUGCGACUAGUCACGACAUGCUCAGCUAUUUUAAUAUUACACUUGUUUUGUAAUUGUAACUUUGAACUGCAAUAAAAUAUUGCUAUUUGUUA